AUGGCCAGUAGAGAGGCCCAAACAUCACUGUCCCGGCACAGCACCCUUCAAUCUCCGCAUGAUUCCCCCAGUUUUCAGACCAUGCUCGACGAUGGUGACAGAUACGACGUGGCCGAUGUGUUAGAAAGCAACGGAGGAGCAAACAAACCCGAUAAAUCUCCAAAUCGGAAAGACCUAAUAAUAGGUUGGGACGGCCCAGAUGAUCCGGAAAUGCCCCAGAACUUCCCGGCAUGGAGGAAGUGGGUGAUCACCGUGAUGCUAGGACUGAUGACAGUCUGCGUUACAUUCGCAUCUUCGGUCUUCAGCACAGCAACAAAACAGACAGCGAAGAAGUUCGGCGUCUCCACAGAAGUCAUGGUAUUAGGUGUCAGUUUGUUCGUUCUAGGCUUCGCAUUUGGCCCUAUCAUCUUCGGUCCCCUGUCUGAGCUGUAUGGCCGGAAGCGACCGAUGUUUCUGGGGAUGUUUGUCUUCGCGAUCUUCCAGAUCCCCGUCGCGGUAGCCCAGAAUCUGCAGACUAUCUUUAUAUGUCGCUUCCUAGGUGGGAUCUUUGCCAGUGCACCUCUUGCCAUUGUAUCCGGUAUCUUGGCCGAUAUGUUCGAACCCGUAGAGCGAGGAAUUGCAAUGGCCAUCUUCGCCGCGGCAACAUUCAUCGGCCCGGUAGCUGGGCCAGUCGUCGGCGGGUUCGUCACAAUCUCCUACCUAGGCUGGCGCUGGACAGAGUAUAUCACCGCUAUUUGGGCAUUUGCCAUCUCUGCCAUCGGCGUCCUGGUAAUCCCCGAGACGUUUGAGGACACGUUACUCACGAAGCGCGCUAGGAGACUCCGCACCAAGACCAAGAACUGGGCUUUACAUGCAAAGGCAGAAGAGAAGGUGGUGAGACCUCGAGACAUUGCGGUACGAUAUUUGUUGCGUCCGUUUCAGAUGCUCGUGCAGGAACCCAUUCUUCUGCUUAUUACCCUUUACGUGGGUUUCAUAUAUGGGUUUUUGUAUACUUGUUUCGUCGCCUACCCGAUUUCUUUCCAAGAAGAACGUGGCUGGGAUGAUGGAGUUGGGGCAUUGCCGUUCGUCGCGAUCAUUUGCGGAGUCUUCUGUGCUUGUUUAAUUAUCAUUGCGUUUUCAUUGACGCGGUAUCGGAUGUUCAUAAAACGAAAUGGCCGAGUUCAGCCGGAGGAACGGUUGAUUCCUAUGAUUAUUGGCGGUGUCUUGUUGCCAGCGGGGAUGUUUUGGUUUGGCUGGACCUCAAAUCCUCACAUCACUUGGGUUCCGCAGGCUGUAUCGGGGGGUUUCUUAGGUUGUGGAGUGCUAUUGAUCUUCUUACAGGGACUUAACUAUCUCGUGGAUGUGUAUCCCAUGUAUGCCAACUCUGCGAUGGCAGCAAACUCCUUCUUUCGUUCCUGGCUGGGGGCUGGAUUUCCUAUGUUCGCAUCGCCGAUGUUCCACAAUCUAGGCGUCCCUUGGGCGAUGACUUUGCUCGGCUGUCUUACCGCCGCAUUGUUCCCUGUCCCAAUUGUGUUUUUCAUAUAUGGGCCGAAGAUACGGUCAUGGAGUAGGUUUACUGUGAAGGAAGAAUGA